AUGGACGGAGAAGACAAUCCCGGGCGCCCCCGAGCCGUGUCGGGGGCAAGGAGCGAAAGAGAACAGUCGGGACGUCAACGGUCAUCGACAAAUCCUGUCUCCCCGACGAGAACUCGAGGACUCGAGGAGGAUGAUCCAAUUUCACCCCCAAGGAGAGUUCAAACGGCCGAGGAAGGAACGGAAGCGGAAGGGUUGCGACGACGCAGCUCAGCAGCAUCUCGACGAAGCGGCGUUCCCAGCCUUGCUCCCCGAACGACGCUUGCCCAAAGAACGACCGGCAAAUUUACCCUGGCUGGUCCAGAAGAGACGCCGCAAUACAAACUAUCUCAAGAGCCCUUUGUGGCGCCUGGAUACGGUGAUCUGAAUCCAUCAUACGAACAGGCAAACAAUGCGAAACCAGUUUGGUCUUUGGCCAAGCCCCUGCCGCGUGUGGUGCGGUCAGGUAUGGUACCGACCAGGGAAGAACUGCUUCAGGCUCGCCAGAAUGCGGAGAUGCCGGCCGAGAAUUCGCAGAAGCUGGGACUGGACGUUGAUCCAAAUGAUCUGGAGCUGGGGAAAAUCGACAAGACGGCUGAUCCGCGGAAGAUGGCGGCACAGGUGGAGGAUGCACGUCUGCAGCGUGAGCAAAACUUCAUGAACAAGCUCCUGAACGGUGAGACUGCCUCCCAGAGACCCGGAUCGCGUAUUUCCCGCUCCUCAUCCAUACGCCAGAGACGCCCGUCUCAAUGGAACAACCAAGACCAGGAUCAACUCUCUACAGUCGAAGAAAGAGAGUCUCAAGCAAGCGUUGAUGACCAGGAUGGUCCCAAACGGCCGCCCGGUUACUUCAGUAACGACCCUCUGGGGGCUGUGCCUGAGGAGCCCGAAGAUUAUCAAGACGAGGGUAAAUUUGAAUUCCCUUCCCUCGACGAAGCAACUUGUCCUGAAGAUCUUCACCCAUUGAUCCAGGAACUCGUCGAGGACGAAGUACACAACAAUCACACCACAUGGUCCGUCAUUCGCACCCACCACCGCGAGGCCCUCGCCGAGGCCCUGGCCGUGUUCGUUCAGCUUACCAUCGGCUUCUGCGCGGAUUUGUCUGUGACCAUCGCUGAUUCGGGCAAUCCAAACACAACUGACUGGGCCUGGGGGUUUGCCACAAUGAUCGGUAUCUACAUUUCUGGUGGUAUCUCUGGUGCUCAUAUGAACCCCGCUGUUACGAUUAUGCUGUGGUUUUACCGUGGUUUCCCAAAGCGUUUGAUGCCGGAGUAUUUCGCAGCUCAGUUCAUUGGCGCCUUUUGUGCCGCCCUGGUCGCCUACGGUAUCUACUACGAGUCCAUCCAACACUACCUCGCCACCAACACAACCACCGGCAUUGUCACUAGUUUCGUGACUAGCCAGCGUGAAACUUGGAUCAGUCCCCAGACAGCAUUCUUCAACGAGUUCGUUGGCACGGCUCUGUUGUGCGUUGUGAUCCUAGCUCUUGGUGAUGACCAGAACGCUCCGCCCGGUGCUGGCAUGAACUCCUUCAUCAUUGGUCUUAUCAUUACCUGUCUGAGUAUUUCUUUUGCCUACCAGACCGGCGCUGCCUUCAACCCUAGCCGUGACUUUGGUCCGCGUCUCGCCUUGCUCGCUAUGGGCUAUAGUGGCGAGCUGUUCAGGAAUGCUUACUGGUUCUAUGGACCGUGGGUUGGUGCGAUCUCCGGUUCCUUUGGUGGAGCCUUCUUGUAUGACUUCUUCAUCUUCACCGGUGGUGAGUCUCCUGUCAACUACCCUUGGGAGCGAACCGAGCGUGCGAUGAAGAAGAGUGGCAUGAAAUGGAAGAGGCGGUUGCGCAUUGGCAAGAAGAAGGGAGAGAAACCUGUGUGA